AUGAAAGAGAAUUGCAAAAAUGAAGGAGAUAGAUAUAUCAUGUACCCAAGGUUCAUCAUGAUGCUGAUCAAUGAUAAGAUCAAGGAUCUUCCAAAGAACAGAGAUGACAUCAUGGAUUUGAGAAACGUAAACAAUGAUACAAUUGCAAGAAUCACCAAAGAAAAUGAUGCAAAAUCGAAACAAAUGAUAUGCAAAAUCAAAGAUACAGAAUAUGUUGCUCCUGAGAAUGAGAAAUGGAGACAUGAGAAUAGUGAUUCCGACAAUGAAGAUGCAAAGAUGAGUGAGAUGGUUGAGAAGAAGACAAGAUGGUGGUGUGUAAGAGAUGGAAAAAGGAAGAGAACACCUAGGUCAUCCCCUGCAGUUUCUAUUCCAAAGGAUGGAGAUAAGGGGUCUUCUGGAGAACCGCAGCAAAGAUUGAUAGAUGAAACUGUCUUGGAGCCGUCUGUGGUUAUUGAGCAAGGAGUUGAUCUUUUGAACCAAUCAUUUGAAAGCUAUCUGAAAAGGAAUGAGGAAGCAGCAGCUCAAAAGACUCAAGGAUCGAGUGUUCAAGUUGAAAAUGUUACAGCAGUUGAACCUGAGAUUGAGGUUCAGGAUAGUUCAAGCGAAGAUGAUUCUGGAGCUACUCAAUCUGAAUCUGAAUUGGAUCCAAAAACUCUUGGAAGAGGGAAAGUUCAGCUGAAGAAAAAGCGUUUGAAGAAAAAGAAAAGAUCUGAUGAAGAUUUGUCUUAUGAACCAGAUGAUUCAAAGAUUCAAAGAAAAAAGAGAAAAGUUGUUCAAGCUGGAGUUAUUCUCAGGAAUGUUAGAGUAAAGAACGCUGGUGUUGUACCUUUAAAAGAAAAAGGAGGAAAGAAAGAUAAACAUAUUCAGAAGUCAAAGGUUCUUGAAUCUGAAAAGGCGCAAAGUGUUGAAACACCAAAAGAAUCUGAGGUGCAAAGAGUUGAAGAACCAGUAGCAGAAGCUGAGAAAAGAACAGGAGGGAUAUUCACUGAAGACAUCCCUGAAGAUCAUUAUGACAUGUUCAACAAUGAAGCUGUCAACGAAUUAUUACAAAAGGUUAACAAGCUGGAAAAAGAAAAAGCUAAAACAGAAGCAGAGCGUGAUAUUCUGAAGAAACAAGUUGAUAAUCCGAUGAAAGCUCACGAUCAAGUCAGAGCAGUGUUGAUAGAACAAGAAGAAACAAUUAACAAAAUGAGGAAUGAAGCUCAGGAUAAUUCGAAAGUGUUUGAACUUCUGACGGCUGAAAUUGCUUCAUUGAAUGUGAAGAUAAAGAAUUUGGAAGAUGUGAAUCAAACUCUCAAUCAGCUUCUCAGUGAAAUGAGUGAAGCUUCAUCAAAUGAAAUGAAUGCAAUAAAGUUAGAGAUGGAAGCCAUGAAGGCAGACAAAGUGGUGAAAGAUGAACAACUGCAUAUGUUAUACUCUGUCAUGGAGAGUCAUUUAAAGAUGGAUGUUCAUGCUGCAUUCAAUGAAAUAGAAGUGAAAAGAGCUGAGGAAAGAAGAAUGGAACGAGAAAGACGUCUAGCUGAAGAAGCCACCCAAAAGAACAAAAGUGUGAUUGAAGACAUUCAAGAAGCUGGUGGAUCAUCAAGUCAACCUGAAAUUGGUGAAGAUAUUGAAAUGGUUGAAGCUGAAGAUGUUCAAGAACAAGAAAAUAUUUAG